AUGUCACAACCGACAGGGCGAGGAGCAAGAAACCCAGGGAGCUUUUCUCCCAUGGUGACCACGAACACAAACAAUCUGCCGCAUCCGCACUCUGCAACGAGCACAACCAGGCCUCCUCUCCGUCGUGUAGAUUCAUCUUCGUCUGAAGACGGGACUCCUGUUACGAUAUCCAAAACUCGGACGCAGCAGCACAACCAGAAUAUCACCGCGCAUGCAAACGCGGCUGUCCCUAUAAUUGCCCCUCCAAGACCACCAUUUUAUUCGAAUUCAACCGCGAAUUCCAGCACAGGAAGCUUGACCAAUUUCUCGAGACCGACACCUCCAGCGCAGUCUCGUGCUGAUCUGCCAUUGAGAAAUGCGUCGCCAUUAAUCGGCGGAACAAGGCCAUCUCCUGUCGGUACGGAGAGUAGCACAGGUAGUUUCAUUCGAGGGCACGGGAGAAAGCACUCGCAUACACAAGGAUCAUUUGAGCCGUUUCUACCUUCAACCUUGGAGACUUCGAAUCUGGGAAAUAUGGCAAACACUUCGGGAUUGACUGCGAGCCAGAUAGCUGCCCAAGCUGCGAUGCAACAUCAAUCGCAUAAUCGACAACGAUCACAGACAGUACCAUCACAACACCAAGAUUCAAGUUCGAGUAACUCCAGCAGCCGGAGACCAAGUCGGGUUGGCGGGCCCACGAGUCCACCAGUGUUGAGCUUGACAGAAGCGUCAGGGCCGAGGGACAAUGGUUUUGGCGGACAGGUAUAUCAUAACGGACUUCUGGCAGGUGGAAAUCAGAGUGCUGCCCAAACAGCGGCCAAUGUGGUGUUUCCAAAAUCCCCUGUUUCGUCACCAAUCCACCCGCCGGACUACGACCCUCUACGGUACCAACAAGAUAAGCCUGUAAAGGCGGAGAAAAGUAAAGUGAAACUAUUCUCUAGACCAGGAAAGAUAGGUAUAAGUAAAGACAGAGAGGCCAGAGCCGGAGCCCUACCAAGUCCUAGUAAGAUGGCCAACUUUACCAUGCAGUCGCUCUCCUCGCUGCAAAGAGGAAACUUUAGUACCAACACUUUGCCAGAUCCCAUGUCGAGCGCCGCUAGUAUGUAUAGCAUGGCCAAUUCUUCUUCGGCGACUAUCCGGGCAGUAGAUACUUCUUCGGAAAAAGAAUCAAAAGAUGGCAAACAUAAGCAUCAUUUCUUAUCCCGCCAGAAGCACAAGCUUUCGAGUAAAGAUGAACACCAUCUGCCAUUGUCAUCGGCGGCGAGUAAUUCCAGACCAGCGGAUCCAAGUGCUCCAAGCAGUUUAUAUAACUUCAACCUGCCUCCUAGUCCGGCGCCAACGACGACCACUUUUGCCAAGAGUAUGAGCGGAUUAGAUUUGAGACACGGUGGAAGAGCGUUGAGAGAAAAGAAGAGAGAAGAAAAAUCGGAUGCGUUGAGGGAGAGUGAGUUGUCAUAUCAAAAUAGUAAUGAGUGGCCAGGCCCGUCAAGUUUGGGUUCCGGUGCAGGUUCAUAUCUAGGUUCUUCUAUGGGUGGUUAUCAGGGUAGUAUAUAUGGUGUGGAGACUCAGCAGGAUUUGAGCAAGUAUGGGUUGAACAAUAUGCAGGCUGACGAUGCUUGGCCGUUUUUGAGGGCAAAGCUUUUGAUUAUUUUUGAGGGAGAGGAUCUGAGAUUGCCGGUAGAGGAUUUCAAUCGGCUCGUCACUAUCCACCUCCAACGCUGCAUACAAAAGCGUGCACCAAGUCUUGUCGUUGAAGAUCUGAGAGAUUUACUCGCUACCGGGUUUAGUUCCCUAGAUCAGACACUUCGACGGACUCCUGAUGAGCGACUGAUUCCUCAUUUGGUAGAAAUGUGGCUAUUUACCUUCACAUCCAUUCUACCAUAUAUGCAGGCAGUUUUCCUCCCAUUAGACCUAGAGUUCAGUGGCCAUGGUCCGCUGAUGCCAAUGGAAACUGCUCGAGAAUUCUGGGGCGCUCUUCCAUCGCCUUCAAAUGCCAGCGUAUCAGCUGGUCAAGCUCUCGAAGUACGUCGGAUCGUACUCGUAGCUUAUCGAGAUACCGUCAUCUUACCAAGAUUCGACACACUCAAAACAAUAUUCUCUCGUCUCUCACUAGAGUCUAUAUCUCUCUCCCUUCCAGCCGGCGACACUCUCUCCACCUCCCCCGACUCAUACGGCCGUCCCUCAACAGCAAUGUCCCUCGACCCAGCCCACGCCUCCUAUGGCUCCCAAGCCACCACCCUCCUAGGCGGCGGCUCCUCAGGCGACGGCAGCGGCAACCGCUCCCGCGCCAUCUCUAACGUCUCGCAUGGCUCCGAAUCCAGCGGUCACGGCCUAAACUCCCUCCCACCACCCCCUCAACGUCCCUUCACCCCCUCAUCCACCCACCCACUCCACCGUCAGCGCGAGAAAACAGUCGAAGACUCGAGUAAACAGUUGACAGAAACGGUGGGACGCAUGUUACAGUGUAUGAGCGUGCUUACUAGUGUGGGGAUUGGAGGCGGUGGGGAUGAAAGCAGUCAAAGGAAGAUGGAGGAGCUGGGACGAGCGUUGAAGUUGAAUUGGCUUGGGAGGGGGAGGAUGGGGAGGGAUCGACGGGGGUUGGUGGGGGCGAGGGUUACGGGGAGUUUGGCGGGGGGAAGGACGGGUAUUGUGGCUUGA